AUGGCCAACUUGAUCCGGCCAGCGGCUGACCGCAGGACCACAACGCACACCCGAUCGCGCUCCCCGCCGCACGAGGUCGCAAAGCAGGCCGCCAUCCAGCAGCAGCAGCAGCAGCCGCCCGCCGCGCCCAUAUCCACGCGCCGCCCGUCCAAAGCCCUCGCGCAGCCUGCAGACGCCCCCAAUGCAAGAGACGCCGCGUCGCCCGCCCGUGCCAGCGCGCGAAAGCGCUCCAUCGCCGACGUCGACACGCCCGAUGCGCGACCGCAGUCAAAGGCCAAGCAAAGACGCUCCUACGACGACCUGUCGACGUGGGCAGACGAUGCAACAAAGAAGCUGCACGGCAAUGUCGACGACGCCCCGUCCGGCGCGUCGACGCCCAAGCCCCAGGACACGCCCGCCGCCAUGGCCGACAAGAAGAGCCUACGCAGCAAGGGCUCGGUUCGCAAAGCCAGCGUGCUGGCCGAGAUCUUCACUCCAGACGGAUACGACGACAUCUUGGCGGGUUUCGGUCCCGUCGACAGCGCCGAGAGCAAUGCAUCCUCGAUAGGCAGCGACGACCAGAUCGCGCUGGUAGACGAGCCGCUCACGGCCGCCCAGCUCGCCGCGUACCGCGAGACGCUCAGGGAAAAGGCCGCCCAGGCGCGUGCCAAAAACCAAACCGGCGAGCCAGCCCCCCACCACGUCUACAGGCCGCUCCCGCCCGAGGACUACUCGCCGUACGCGAGACUGCCCGCGGCUGCAGACCCCCUCGCAGAUGGCGUCUCGCGAUACGCGAAAGAGCACAAGCGGCACGAGCGCGAGGAGCGCAAGGAACGCAACUUGGACGUCGAGCGGCACCAGUUCCGCAUGUCCAAGGCGCCGGCCGUGCUCGAGGAGCUCGAAGGCGACGACUGGCACAAGGUCUUUGUCAUUGACAAGAGCGAGCGCAAGGCCUGGGAGCCGAAGCGCGCGCACGUCAUCAACCUGCUGCGGACCGCGCUCGCGAGGCAGGACGCGUUUCGCGAUAUUGAGCUGAAGAAACGGCGGCGGGAGAAGGAGAGGCGCAAGAGGGAGAGGGAGGGGACCGAGGACGAGGACGAGAGCGAGGACGAGCAUCCCAAAAAACGCCCGCCCCGCCACCCCAGGCCCUCCAAGCCGCACCCCUCUCCACCGCCAGUAUCACCACCCAAGCGCCGCCCGCCCCGCCCUCAGGGCUACAUCCUCGACAUUCCUCCCGCGCCUGCCGUCCCGCCCACCCCCUUCAAAUCCUUCUACCGCCCCGGCCAGCGUCCCGCCUUCCCCAAUCCCUCCACCCACAACUCCAACACUAACCCCUCUACCAACGCAAAUCCCUCCCCACGCAAAGCCACACGCUCCGCCGCCCCGCCCCCCUUCGGCGUCCCCUUGCCCCGCAUCUUGACCAUGGUCGACGACGAGGUGUUGCUCGAGAUGCUCAAGGCGGACCAAGAGUAUGCGCGCGAGGGCCUGCCGACCGAGGAGGCGCUGCUAGAAGAUGAGCGGAGUUUUUCCGUGUUUGUGCUGGGCGGCGAGGUAGUGCAGGCGCAGUUUCUGCGGGAGAACGAGAGGAUGCGGCGGGUGCGGCGGAGGACGAGAGCGAGUGGCGAGAACUGA